AUGCUGGACCCGUCUUCCAGCGAAGAGGAGUCGGACGAGGGGCUGGAAGAGGAGAGCCGCGAUGUGCUGGUGGCGGCCGGCGGCUCGCAGCGAGCUCCGCCGGCCCCGACUCGGGAAGGGCGGCGGGACGCGCCGGGGCGCGCGGGCGGCGGCGGCGGCGCGGCCAGAUCCGUGAGCCCGAGCCCCUCUGUGCUCAGCGAGGGGCGAGACGAGCCCGAGCGGCAGCUGGACGAUGAGCAGGAGCGGAGGAUCCGCCUGCAGCUCUACGUCUUCGUCGUGAGGUGCAUCGCGUACCCCUUCAACGCCAAGCAGCCCACCGACAUGGCCCGGAGGCAGCAGAAGCUUAACAAACAACAAUUGCAGUUACUGAAAGAACGGUUCCAGGCCUUCCUCAAUGGGGAAACCCAAAUUGUAGCUGAUGAAGCAUUUUGCAACGCAGUUCGGAGUUAUUAUGAGGUUUUUCUAAAGAGUGACCGAGUGGCCAGAAUGGUUCAGAGUGGAGGAUGUUCUGCUAAUGACUUCAGAGAAGUAUUUAAGAAAAACAUAGAAAAACGUGUGCGGAGUUUGCCAGAAAUAGAUGGCUUGAGCAAAGAGACAGUGUUGAGCUCAUGGAUAGCCAAAUAUGAUGCCAUUUACAGGGGUGAAGAGGACUUGUGCAAACAGCCAAAUAGAAUGACCUUAAGUGCAGUGUCUGAACUUAUUCUGAGCAAGGAACAACUCUAUGAAAUGUUUCAGCAGAUUCUGGGUAUUAAAAAACUAGAACACCAGCUCCUUUAUAAUGCAUGUCAGCUGGAUAAUGCAGACGAACAAGCAGCCCAGAUCAGAAGGGAACUUGAUGGCCGGCUACAAUUGGCAGAUAAAAUGGCAAAGGAAAGAAAAUUCCCCAAAUUUAUAGCAAAAGAUAUGGAGAAUAUGUAUAUAGAAGAGUUGCGGUCUUCGGUGAAUUUGCUAAUGGCCAAUUUGGAAAGUCUUCCAGUUUCAAAAGGUGGUCCAGAAUUUAAAUUACAAAAAUUAAAACGUUCACAGAACUCUGCAUUUUUGGACAUAGGAGAUGAGAAUGAGAUUCAGCUAUCAAAGUCCGACGUGGUGCUGUCAUUCACCUUAGAGAUUGUCAUAAUGGAAGUGCAAGGCUUGAAGUCAGUUGCUCCCAAUCGAAUUGUUUACUGUACAAUGGAAGUGGAAGGAGAAAAACUGCAGACAGACCAGGCUGAAGCCUCAAGGCCACAAUGGGGGACUCAAGGAGAUUUCACCACCACCCAUCCUCGGCCUGUGGUCAAAGUGAAACUCUUCACAGAAAGCACUGGAGUUCUGGCCCUGGAAGAUAAAGAACUGGGAAGGGUGAUAUUAUACCCAACUUCUAAUAGCUCCAAAUCAGCUGAAUUACAUCAAAUGGUAGUUCCAAAAAAUAGCCAGGAUUCUGACUUAAAAAUCAAACUGGCAGUGCGAAUGGAUAAACCAGCACAUAUGAAGCAUAGUGGAUAUCUGUAUGCCCUUGGACAGAAGGUUUGGAAAAGAUGGAAAAAACGUUACUUUGUUCUAGUUCAGGUUAGCCAAUAUACCUUUGCUAUGUGCAGUUACAGAGAAAAAAAGUCUGAACCACAAGAAUUAAUGCAACUUGAAGGCUAUACUGUGGAUUAUACUGAUCCCCACCCAGGCCUUCAGGGUGGUCGUAUGUUCUUUAAUGCUGUUAAAGAAGGAGAUACUGUAAUCUUUGCCAGUGAUGAUGAACAGGACAGAAUAUUAUGGGUUCAAGCCAUGUAUAGAGCCACAGGUCAAUCAUAUAAACCAGUUCCUGCAAUUCAGACCCAGAAACUGAAUCCUAAAGGAGGAACUCUCCACGCAGAUGCUCAGCUUUCUGGUAAAGAUGCAGAUCGUUUUCAGAAACAUGGUAUGGAUGAGUUUAUUUCUGCAAACCCCUGCAAGCUUGAUCAUGCCUUCCUUUUUAGAAUACUCCAGAGACAGACUUUGGAUCACAGACUGAAUGAUUCCUAUUCUUGCUUGGGAUGGUUUAGCCCUGGCCAAGUCUUUGUGUUAGAUGAGUACUGUGCCCGUUAUGGUGUGAGAGGUUGUCACAGACAUCUCUGCUACCUUACAGAACUGAUGGAACAUUCAGAAAAUGGUGCUGUCAUUGACCCUACCCUGCUUCAUUACAGCUUUGCAUUCUGUGCCUCUCAUGUGCACGGCAACAGACCUGAUGGAAUUGGGACUGUUUCAGUGGAAGAAAAAGAAAGAUUUGAGGAGAUAAAAGAGAGACUCUCUUCCCUUUUAGAAAAUCAGAUAAGCCAUUUCAGAUACUGUUUUCCCUUUGGACGACCUGAAGGUGCUCUAAAAGCUACACUUUCAUUACUUGAAAGGGUUUUAAUGAAAGAUAUUGCCACUCCCAUACCAGCAGAAGAGGUGAAGAAAGUGGUCAGAAAAUGUCUCGAGAAAGCUGCCUUGAUCAAUUACACUAGACUCACAGAAUAUGCCAAAAUAGAAGGCCCAGCAGAAAAGGAAACAGAGACCAUGAACCAAGCAUCUCCUGCUAGAAAGCUGGAAGAGAUUCUUCAUCUGGCAGAGCUCUGCAUAGAAGUCUUACAGCAGAAUGAAGAGCAUCACGCAGAGGGAAGAGAGGCAUUUGCCUGGUGGCCUGAUUUAUUGGCUGAACAUGCAGAGAAAUUUUGGGCUUUAUUUACAGUAGAUAUGGACACUGCACUAGAGGCUCAACCACAAGACUCCUGGGAUAGUUUUCCUCUUUUCCAACUGCUUAAUAAUUUCCUCCGAAAUGACACACUUCUGUGUAAUGGAAAAUUUCACAAACACUUGCAAGAAAUCUUUGUACCCUUGGUUGUCCGCUACGUGGAUCUCAUGGAGUCCUCCAUCGCCCAGUCAAUUCACAGAGGUUUUGAGCAGGAGACAUGGCAGCCUGUCAAGAAUAUCGCCAACAGUCUUCCCAAUGUAGCUCUUCCAAAAGUUCCAAGUCUGCCUCUUAAUCUUCCACAGAUUCCUAACAUUUCUACUCCUUCGUGGAUGCCUUCUUUAUAUGAGUCCACCAAUGGCUCAGCAACAUCAGAAGACCUUUUUUGGAAACUUGAUGCACUGCAAAUGUUUGUCUUUGAUCUGCACUGGCCAGAACAGGAAUUUGCCCACCACUUAGAGCAAAGACUUAAACUAAUGGCCAGUGAUAUGCUAGAGGCCUGUGUCAAAAGAACAAGAACUGCAUUUGAACUCAAGCUACAAAAGGCAAGCAAAACAACUGACUUGCGCAUUCCAGCUUCUGUUUGCACUAUGUUUAAUGUAUUAGUCGACGCCAAAAAGCAAAGCACCAAACUCUGUGCCCUGGAUGGAGGACAAGAGUUUGGUAGUCAAUGGCAACAGUACCAUUCAAAAAUAGAUGACCUGAUCGACAACAGUGUAAAAGAAAUCAUUUCACUGUUAGUUUCAAAGUUUGUUUCAGUGUUGGAAGGUGUGUUGUCUAAGCUGUCAAGGUAUGAUGAAGGCACUUUCUUUUCAUCCAUUCUGUCAUUCACUGUGAAAGCAGCUGCAAAAUAUGUUGAUGUUCCAAAACCAGGAAUGGAUCUGGCAGACACCUAUAUUAUGUUUGUUCGGCAAAACCAAGAUAUUCUUCGAGAAAAGGUCAAUGAGGAAAUGUAUAUAGAAAAGUUAUUUGAUCAAUGGUACAGCAGUUCCAUGAAAGUCAUUUGUGUGUGGUUGACUGAUAGAUUAGACCUCCAGCUCCAUAUUUACCAGCUGAAGACGCUCAUCAAGAUUGUGAAGAAAACCUACAGGGACUUUCGAUUGCAGGGUGUGUUGGAAGGAACACUGAACAGUAAGACUUAUGAUACUGUGCACAGACGUUUAACAGUAGAGGAGGCCACAGCAUCUGUUUCAGAAGGAGGAGGACUUCAGGGCAUUACUAUGAAAGACAGUGACGAAGAAGAAGAAGGCUGA